GCGCAUGACUGUCCGGCAAAGCAGGGGAAGGUGCCCGGCGGGCGCGCGCGCUCCCGGGUGCGCGGGGAGCAAGGCGCGCGCCAUGGAACAGCGAUUAGCCGAGUUCCGGGAGGCCCGGAAACGAAACGGGCCGGCGGCUGAACCCAGCACUUCGGGCUACGGCGCACAAACCUCGGACGAGAAGGCGGAGGGAACUGCGAUUUCAGAGGCAGCCCCAGGCUGGCUAAAACGGUUCCUGCUGUGGCAGCCGAGGCCUGCGAAUGCCCGGGCCCAGCCUAGCCCUGCUCAGGAGGCAGCACAGCCUGGGGGCAGCACAUCACAGCCGCCGCAGAAUGUGGCCAUUCCUCCACCACCAUGCUGGGACCAGUCUUUCCUGACCAACGUCACCUUCUUGAAGGUUCUUCUCUGGUUGGUCCUGCUGGGACUGUUUGUGGAACUGGAAUUUGGCCUGGCUUAUUUUGUUCUGUCCUUGUUCUACUGGAUGUAUGUCGGGACCCGAGGCCCCGAAGAGAAGAAGGAGGGAGAGAAGAGCGCCUACUCUGUGUUCAACCCAGGCUGUGAAGCCAUCCAGGGCUCCCUGACUGCAGAGCAGUUUGAGCGGGAGUUGCAGUUUAGACCCCUGGCGGGGAGGUAGGACCGAGCUCCACCGUCCCGCAGCCAGUCUCUGUCACGGUCCUCUUCGUCCUUGGGCUUGGAUUUGAUUUCAUGUGCACAAGGCUAAGGACAGCCUGCGGUUGGCUCUGUGACUUCAGUUCUAAUACAUUCUUUCCCUGAUCUUCUGCAGUUUUACUUUGAAUUUCUCUUUGGUUUUGGUGAAACUGAAGGACACUCACUGUGGGUCUGAUGGAAUUUAUAAAAAUUGCACUCUCAAGAAAGGAGAAUUGUUUUUUCUCAUUAUUUGAGAGAGAUUAUUUUAAAGCCCCAGAAAGACAUUGAGGAUAGUAUCUGUUAAAAAUAUCCAGUUAGUUGGAGUAAUAAUUAGGUACUUUAAGGUUAUAUAUUAAGAAUAAUUUUUUUCCUUAAUUCUUUUAAUAUUUACAUCAUUUUUUUUUUUCCCUGAAAAAAUUAAGUUGUCAAGUUUUGGUUGAGGUUUUUUUUUUUUUUUUUUUUUUCUUUCUUUCUGGCUUUAAUUCUUGCUUUCCAGUCAUUAAUGGUAUUGAAAAAUAAAAUGUCUUUAAAACAUCUUUUCAGAAACAGGUCUCCACUGCCCAUCACCAUUUUCUGCUUUUCUAUUAUUCUGUCCCCACUGAGUAAAGGAAGAUAAGAAGAGACAGAGUCCUAAGUGAUGGGUGUUGGGAGGGAUUUCACCAAGUCAAUAUUGGUAGAUUUGAUAAGUGGUUAUUAAUGAUAAAUUAAGCAAGAAAAAAAAUUCUUGAGUGUGCACCAAAGGGAGAACCAGAAGUAGAACUCCAGACUCCUUGGCUACUUGGGUUUUUUGUUAUUGUCUAAGGGCUUUAGAGUAAGCAGUCCCUUAGCCUGUGGGUCUCUGGAGAGAAAUUAUAUCAAUAGAGAUAAUCAGACAUGAUUUUAUUGCUUCUUCCUCUUUCAGCACAAAGUUAGAAUUUGGGUUCCUUAAAAUUGGGCAAAGCAAACCAUUAAAUAUUUUUUUCUGGAUCAUACUCGUGAAUAAGAAUGCUCUAAUUUUAAAGCAAUAGUUUUUCCCAAACUUAAGAUUUUAAGAAAUUAAUGAUUCCUUCUGUAAGUCAUUAAUGGUAUUGAAAAAUAAAAUGUCUUUAAAACAUCUUUUCAGAAACAGGUCUCCACUGCCCAUCACCAUUUUCUGCUUUUCUAUUAUUCUGUCCCCAUUGAGUAAAGGAAGAUAAGAAGAGACAGAGUCCUAAGUGAUGGGUGUCGGGAGGGAUUUCACCAAGUCAAUAUUGGUAAAUUUGAUAAGUGGCCAGAGAAGAACCUUCAAGAAGAUGACGUUGGUCAGGAAAGACUGGUCCCAGCAUGGUGGUGGAGGAAUGGCCACUUCAGAGUCCGGCUCUCAAUUCCUAUAUUAUGAAAGUCUCUUUAAUAUUUAUGAGAUAUAAUUAAGUAAUAUGUCUUUUACUUCUUUUGUUAAUUCUUUUGUUCAUUCUUGCCUGAUUUACUUAUUAUAGCAAAAUCCUACUUGGCUCAAUUUGAAUUUAACUUUUAUUUAUUCAAUGCCAGGUACUCCAUUAGGUGCUUUGAGAUAUGAUAAUGAAAAAUUAAAUGCCUGGCAGGGAGAAGAGAAAGGACAGUUUGUGUUUACUGUUCUUAUCAGACCAUUAAGCUUUAGGGGCAGUCUUGAUUUCCUGAAUUUAGAAAGGCCUAUUUGAUCUCAGCUGACCAUUAGCUGAGUGAGCAGCUGUCAUUAAAAGCUGCUUCUGUUAUCCAGGAACUUGAAACCCCAGCGGUGUGUUUUGUCCCUGUGGUAGUUGUGUGCAGGCGUGAGGUUGUUUUUGUCCCAGCCUUACAAGUAAUUUGGUUUUUGCUUUUAUUCACAUUAUCACAUUGACUCUUCUCAGGGACUGCUAAAAUAAGCCUCUACUUGUAGGGGCUGGAAGGGGGCCCCACAAAUGUCAUCAAACACUCCCCAUCCGCCCUUGGGCAGGACCACAUUUAUUCCUGAAUAAAGAGUAUUACUUCCAGUGAUACCUGAAGUAGAAUAAUCCAGGAACAAGACUCAAGCACUUCUUAGGAAGUUAUUUGUUUAUUUAUGCCCCUCCCCAUUGACACCCCCUGGUUAUUUCUUCUUAUUCUAAUCUCAGUGACAUAGAGCACCUGUGAGUGGUACUCUAGACUGGUAAACCAUUUAGGAAAUUCUCUCAUAGCCUCUCUGGUCUUCCAGCUGAAUCAUCCAAGUUGAAAACCUCUGGGACAUAAUCACUCACAAGCCUGUGGGUUUCCAGGUUUGGGUGAUGGUGAGUGUCCCUGCAACGCCUUUCUCAAUGCUCUGGAAUUUACCAGUGAUGAUUUAGCCAUUUAUAUUUUGUGUUACUAGGAUUGUGCUAUGAGUAUCGGAGGUCUUUCACAUUUGCCUUUUGAUUGAUCUGUGGAUUAAGAUUAGGCUCAAAAGCUCCAAAACACCAAACAAAAAUAGGGAGUUAUACUAUUGGCAGAGUCCUGUGAUCCUCAGUUUGGACAGAAAAUUAAAAUUCUAUGUGUGUGGUAUCUUUUAACCUUUUUGCCAGCCGAUAUGUUUAGGUGCACUGGUCUUGGUCCUGCUGAGAACGUAUAAAUGACCUUCUGCAUAGUCGGAUAGCUACGGUACGAGCCAGCCGGAGGCAGGGGUGGGGCCGGGGAUGCCACUGAGCAUCUUGCCACGAGAGGGUAGCAGGGAGCCGCUGCUCUACCUCGUGGGGCCUGUCACAGCCAUCACGUAAUAAUUAUGUAAUGUGGGAAACCAUUGGGAUUGUUUAUCUGAACCACUUGUGCUGCUUUUUUCAGGCACUUUUUUCACUUUAAGGUUCUCAGAGCAAAGGGCUCAUCAGAGGUCCUGGAAAAACAUGAAAAGUGACUAGAAGUGA